UUUCGAUUUUGAUUUUACAUAUUGAAGAAUUAAAAUUAAAAUCAAACACUUCCAUUUUUUGAAUAUUUUAAAUCUAACAGCAUAGAAAAUAGUUUUAUCAAUGGAGCUUUGUCAAUUAACACUUGGUGAUGAAAAUUCACGCUGAUUCCCAGCAGAUCGAAUUUGAUUUUGAACCGAAACCGUGGAACAGUGUAUCUUGUCCACACGCAGAUGGCAUUACAUAAUUUUCCUUUUCUACCAAGUAUGGGAAAAAAAAAAAAAGUAUAGAGGGUGAAGGACACUCAUUGUUAGCUUUUCUCAUACUUUGAAUGCUACAGGAGCAAAGCCGUCUGAUGAAGUAUCCAUAUUUUCAUCACGGGUCUCUCUAUAAGAUCUUAUAGUUUCUGACCAGUAUAACUGUCUACUUCAUCGAAAAUGGCGGAAGGAAGAAGGGUCAUUGGUUGGGCAGCCAGAGAUUCAUCUGGACAUCUUUCACCUUACUCUUUCUCUCUUAGGAAAACAGAGGCAGAAGAUGUGGUGUUCAAGGUUUUGUACAGUGGAGUGGAUCACACUGAUAUUCAUGUAGUUAGAAGCGAGAUUAUGCCCGCCAACUACCCUUUAGUCCCAGGGCAUGAAGUUGUGGGAGAAGUUGUAGAAUUGGGAAAGGAAGUAAAGAAAUUCAAAGUCGGAGACAUAGUAGGUGUUGGGUGCAUAAUUUGGUCUUGUGGGGAAUGCUUCUCCUGCAAGUCUAAGAUGGAGCAGUAUUGCAAUCAAAGGAUCCUAACUUAUAAUGCCAUAGACAAAGAUGGGAGAAUUACUCAGGGAGGCUACUCCUCUGCAAUGGUUGUCCAUCAGAGGUUUGUGGUCAGGAUUCCAGACAAGCUUGCACCAGAGCAAGCAGCACCACUGUUAUGUGCUGGGGUGACAGCUUAUAGUCCCUUGAAACAGUUCAAUGUGUCUAAGACCCUCAAAGCAGGGAUUGUGGGUUUAGGUGGAGUAGGUCACCUAGGGGUGCUUAUUGCAAAGGCAAUGGGGCAUCACGUGACUGUGAUAAGCUCUUCAGAGAAGAAGAGAGAGGAAGCUUUGGAGCAUUUAGGUGCUGAUGCUUUCCUGGUUAGCUCCAAUGCACAUGAGAUGGAGAAGGCUGUGAAUAGCCUCGACUACAUUCUUGACACUGUACCUGCUGGGCACCCUUUGGACUCCUAUCUAUCACUUCUGCAAGUUGAUGGAAAACUUAUUAUAGUUGGGGCUGCUCCAACACCACUACAGUUUAUAGCUAGCGAUCUAAUUACAGGUAUGCCGUUUUGCCUCAUAUCCAUGACCAUUUGCAACACAAUACAGUUUACUCAGUUUCGGAUAUUUCCAGGGAAGAGAAAUAUAAGCGGGAGCUUCGUCGGAAGCAUAGAAGAUACGCAGGAAAUUCUGGAACUUUGGGCAGAGAAGGGUUUGACGUCAAUGAUUGAGACAGUGAAGAUAGAUUAUGUGAAUGAGGCUUUCAAGAGAAUGGAAAGGAAUGAAGUGAGGUAUAGGUUUGUGCUCGAUGUGGGUGGAAGCAACCUCGAAUGAAGCAAAUCUCUCUCUCAGCAAUCCCAACGCUCCAAAUAAAAGUUUAUUUCUAUCAGCAACCAUCUGAUUGCUGUAUCAAGUUUAUUUGCU